AUGAAAUUUUUUCUAUUAUUUGCACUGUUAUGUGCAAAUUUUCUUCUAAUUAAAUCACAAAGUCAACCAUUGGCACCUGAUUUUGAUUUGAUUAAAUUUUAUACAUUGCAAUCAAAUGCCAAUUUAAGUGAAUUAUGUAAAAAACAAAGUGAUAUUUAUUAUAAUAGUUUAGUAACCAAAAAUGAAUUUUGGUCGAAAAAAAUGAUUGAUGCUUCAUCAAAACUGCAAUCCGGAUUUCUAUCUGGACAUUUUGCGGAUAUGGGUCAAUUUGAUCAAUGUUUAGCUGUAAAGUAUAAAGUUGAUUCAAUCAGUGGUAAAUUUUGUUAUACAAAAAUAACAAUACCAUUGUCUCGGAGAAACGAAUUUUGGGAAAGUGAUAUUGAAAACAUUAUCCCAAAAAUACAAAACGCUGUGCAACCGUUCAUAGCACCAAGAGCAAUUUUUUUGGGUGAUAUCAUUUUCCGUUGGUCAAUUUGUGUUCCAAAUGGAUGUACAGCUGAAGAUGUUAAGGCACAUUUAAAUUCAUAUUUUAAAUUACCAAAAAAUCCGAUUUUAUCAGAUCCUAAAGUAUAUGAUGUAACUGAAGACGAUUGUCAUAGUUUAGAUUCAUCACCAAUGCUUGAUGGAGGAGACUGGACAGUAAUAAUAAUUUUUAUUGGAAUAGCUUGUUUUGUGUUAUCCAGUACAAUUUAUGAUGUUUACUUAUAUUACACGGAAAGAGAACCAAUGCAUAAAAUAUUGAUUGCGUUUUCAUGGUAUUCAAAUUUUAAAUCUUUAAUACGAAUUAAUAAGAAUUCUGAUCAGUUGCCGUGUUUAAAUGGUAUUCGAUUCUUAAGUAUUUUAUGGAUUAUCCACGGGCAUGAAUUUUUAACUUUUAUACAUCAAGAAUUAGUAAAUCAGAUUGAUUUAUUUCAUUGGGCACAAAAAGAGCCAUGGGCUUGGUUUGUUAUGGGAAGCACUGUAUCGGUGGACACAUUCUUCGUUUUGAGUGGUUGUUUAUUAAUGUAUGGAUUUUUAAAAUCUCAAGCAAAAAAUAUACCUUUUAAUGUUCCAUUAAUGUAUUUUCAUCGUUACGUAAGAUUAACACCUGCGUACUUGGCUGUAAUUUUAAUUUACAUAACAUUAAUAACGGAUAUGGGUUCAGGACCUAUUUGGCAUGACGCUAGUAACGGCUUGCAAACACCAUGCCAGAAAUACUGGUGGUCCAGUAUUUUAUACAUACAAAAUUAUGUAAAUGCCGGCGAAGAUUGUGUUGGCCAAACUUGGUAUUUAUCAGUAGAUAUGCAGUUGUUCAUAUUUUCACCACUUAUUUUAUUAGGUGUAAAAUAUUGGCCUAAAUAUGUGCCAUAUUUAUUUUCAUCGUUAAUGAUAAUUUUUACAAUAAUACCAACCAUCAUUGCAUGGCAGUACCAUUUGGGUGUGCGUAUAGAGGGAGGAGAUUAUUUCCAAGUAUAUUAUGCACAAACAUAUGCGCGUGCUGGUCCAUGGAUUGUAGGACUUUUCUUGGGAUACAUUUUAUAUAAUACAAAAAAUAAGGUUAUUCGGAUAAAUCGAAUUUUAGUUGCUUUAUUAUGGCUUCUUACGGCUGUUGUAAUGCUGUUUAUUGUAUUCGGCAAUUAUAAAUCAAUGCGAACAGAUUAUGUAAGACACGAAGCUUAUGAGGCGUUGUUCGUUGGAUUACAUCGAAAUAUUUGGGGACUUGCUCUUAGCUGGAUAAUUUUCGCAUGUAUGCAUGGCUAUGGAGGUCCAGUGAAUUGGUUUUUAUCGUUAUCUGUGUUCCAAGUUUUCGCAAAACUUACAUAUUCCAUAUAUUUACUCCACAUGGGAAUACAAAAUGUUCGUACUGGAAAUAUUCGAACAAAUACAUAUUUUUCAAAUAUGGCUGUGUUAUUUCAAUUUUUCGGAACAACUUGUAUAACAUUUUUAUUGGCAAUCAUAUGGGUCUUAACAUUUGAAUAUCCUUUCGCUGUCAUCGAUAAUUUGAUAAUCGGAGGAGUUGGUGGUAUGUUAACAAAAAGAUCUGGUAAAAAAGAAGUGAAAUGAUCAAAACUUUCAAAUAUCA